UCACUCUCUUGGAAACCCACCCAGAACCUCCACCCUCUGACACCAUGGUCAACUCCUGUUGUGGCUCUGUCUGCUCUGACCAGGGCUGUGGCUCCAGCUGCUGCCAGCCUUGCUGCCGCCCCACCUGCUGCCAGACCACCUGCUGCAGGACCACCUGCUGCCGGCCCACCUGCUGUGUGUCCAGCUGCUGCCGCCCCUCCUGCUGUGGCUCCAGCUGCUGCAGGCCCAGCUGCUGCAUCUCUAGCUGCUGCCGCCCCUCCUGCUGUGGCUCCAGCUGCUGUGGCUCCAGCUGCUGCAGGCCCAGCUGCUGCAUCUCUAGCUGCUGCCGCCCCUCCUGCUGCCAGACCGCCUGCUGCCGCCCCAGCUGCUGUGGCUCCAGCUGCUGUGGCUCCAGCUGCUGCAGGCCCAGCUGCUGCAUCUCUAGCUGCUGCCGCCCCUCUUGCUGUGGCUCCAGCUGCUGUGGCUCCAGCUGCUGCCGCCCCUCCUGCUGCAUUUCUAGCUGCUGCCGCCCCUCUUGCUGUGGUUCCAACUGCUGUGGCUCCAGCUGCUGUGGCUCCAGCUGCUGCCGCCCCUCCUGCUGCCCCUCCUGCUGCCUGCGCCCAGUCUGUGGCCGGGUCUCCUGCCACACCACUUGCUAUCGCCCCACCUGUGUCAUCUCCACCUGCCCCCGCCCCAUGUGCUGUGCCUCCUCUUGCUGCUGAGCCCCCUGCCCUGUGACCACUAU